CGCCAGUGCGGCGUGCGCGUACGGGGCUCCAAGAGGCUGCUGUGCGUUCAGGGUUUGCUGGGUCCCCCAGCGAGCCGAAUCAGUUAUAAAUCAAGAGGAGUUGAGAGUCUGGUGGCAUGGCUUUAAUUACCUUGCGGAGGAACCUUUGUCAUUUAUCUGAUUUUCGGAUACAUGGAACUCUGGCUGGUCUGAAAACUCAACGUGUAAAUUGUGUUCACAAGACAGUCAAGGAGCAUCUGUGUCCAUGGUUCUGGUCACUGCAACUUGAGCCUGUUAGGGUCAGGUUCCAUCAUGCCCAUUCUAAAAAGUUCCAUUCAGAAAACGGAAAUGACCUUCAUCCAGUUGUCGAGCCAGUGUUCUCUCAAGCACACGCUUGGGACAGGUCUGAACACAGUGUUAAAAAUGUGGAUGAACAGAUAUUUUACAGGAGACUGAACAGCUUCACUUCAUCGGAAGAAGUCUUACAUUAUAUAAGCACACUGCAGACUUUGCCUGAUACUAUGGCAGCAGGAGCCUUACAUCGGAUUUGUGAAAUGGAAAAAAAAGAUGAUGAUCAAAGGUUGCCAAAAGAAAUACUGGAGAAUAGCGCCUUUCAAGCUUUGUGUAAUCAGUUUGCACAGGACCCCUCAAAUCUGUCAAACACGGGUUUGGUGACUGCUUUGCAAGCCCUGACCCUGUAUGUGGAUCCCCAAAGUCGCUUGCUGCUAAGCCUCCUGGCAGAGUGCCAGCAUCGUCUCGAAAUGGGUAGCCUGGACAUUCACAGUCUUUGUAUCCUGGGGGAAUGUCUGAUUAAACUGCAAGGUCCAGGUUGUUCGACACUAGACCUGAUUAUAUAUCAACUGCAAGGUGAAAAUUUGGAAGAAUUUACCGCCGAGGAUAUUGUGACCCUUUACAGAAUACUGCAGGCAUGUCCUGAAAAAGUUGACCAACACCAGACGUUUUUACAUAAGAUAAAUAACUUUUCUCUGUCAGUAGUUCCCAACCUGAGUCCUAAGUUGCUGAGCCAAAUGCUCACCGCCCUGGUGGUCCUUGAUCAAACUCAGGCACUUACGCUGGUUAUAAAAUUGGGUAAAUAUGUUGUGAGGCAUAUCCCCCAUUUCAGUAAUGAAGAGCUCAAAGAAGUCUUAGAGGCAUUCAUCUACUUUGGGUACAAUGACAGAUUUUUUACAGAAGCCCUAGAGCAACAUGUCGCUUCCCUCUGUCUCACUCUGGAUCCCGAGGUUGUCAGCAAAGUCAUGGAGUAUUGCAGUAGAAAGCUGAUUUUUUCAAAACCCAUCCUCAAUGCAGUGGCAGAAACUUUUGUUUGUCAGUCAGAAAAAUUUUCACCUAAUCAAACUGCUGAGUUAAUUGAACCAUUUGGAAAACUCAAUUAUUUGCCACCAAAUGCCUCUGCUUUAUUUAGGAAGCUAGAAAACAUACUGUUAACUCGUUUCAAUUAUUUUCCACCCAAAACACUAUUGAAACUUCUCCAUUCAUGUUCACUUAUUGAAUGCCAUCCAGUCAACUUUAUGGCCAAAAUAUUCAGCCCGUAUUUUCUUCAGCAGCUGCAAGGUGAAGAGUCCUAUUUGGACAGACUGAGCCUAGCACAACUGACCCAACUUUUCUUAACCGCGAUUCUAGAAUGCCCGUUCUAUAAGGGUCCAAAACUUCUUCCUAAAUAUCAAGUGAAAUCAUUUCUUACUCCAUGCUCUUCCCUGGAGACCCCCAUGGAUUUUCAGCUAUAUAAAUCUGUGAUGAUUGGACUGAUUGACCUUUUAGGAGCAAGAUUGUAUUUUGCUUCAAAAGUGUUAACACCCUAUUGUUACACGAUAGAUGUUGAAAUUAAAUUAGAUGAAGAUGGAUUUGUAUUACCAUUUACAGUUGAUGAAGAUAUACAUAAAAGGGUAGCACUGUGCAUUGAUGGUCCAAAAAGAUUUUGUUUGAAUAGCAAACACUUACUGGGAAAGGAAGCCACUAAACAAAGACAUCUGUACUUACUUGGUUAUCAAGUUGUCCAGAUUCCCUAUUACGAGAUUGAGGUGCUAAAAUCAAGACUUGAAUUAGUGGAAUAUUUACAAAGAAAACUAUUUUCUCAAAACUCUGGUGGUCACUGGUAACAAGAAUGAAUACUGACUUCAGAACUCAAAUAGUGAAAGAACUCGCAAAUUAGCCGUUUAUUUAUGUACUUUGGUGAUCUGAAAGGGGUCUCUAGUUUCCUUAUACCAUGUAUACGCUUAUCAGUAGCAAAUUUAAAAUUAAUUUUAACCUUCAUUUAAUACUGGUAUCAGAUACUUUUAUACAUCAAACAGAAUUGAUCAAGUACAAUAAAGGAAUGUAAUGAGUAAGUGUCAUAAUUUUAAGUCUUGUGUUUUGUGACAGUUAUUGCUAACUGAAAAUAUAUUCUUGAGAGACCUUUGUUUCUUCUUCUAACAAAUAUAAGGAAGAAAUUUUAUCUGCCGGUUUUUUCUUCUGUAUUUUGUUAGAGGAAGUAAUAUAUGGUAAGGAAAAGGAGCAAUGAAAAAUAGACUAGUACUUUGGAUGUAAACAUUUAUAACUGUA